UGUUAAGAGUCGUUGGCAUCUCCUCUGCUGGUUUUCACCUUCUGUCCUGAAUAUGUGUGUCUUUCUUAGUUAGAAGCGAAGCCUACACAUUGUUUCACGGUCACAGUAUGCACCGUACUCAGCCGUGAAAGUACUUUGUGUUGCAUUGGUAGCGCGCUUUGAAUUAAUCUGCAGCAACAUGCCUAAGAGUUGGUAGAUUGUGCUGAAACAGAAGCGUGCCUGUUUUUAUGCACCUGCUUACCCCGUCGGCGGUGUUUGUGGGAUUGCUAACCUAAGUGCGAUAAAAAGAAGAAACUAAACACAUAUAGGAAGUGUAAAACCUGUUUCGCCAACAAAGCACUGUGCGACUUCUAACUGCAGCCCCACCAUGAGCAUGAAAUCAGGCGUUUCUCUGCUCCAGCUCUCAAGGAUGGGAUUAAGACUUUGUGCUUCUAAAGUCCCUUUCUGCGAAGCCAGGGUCACAUUCAGUUUAACAAGAACUUCUACUUGUCGUCCUCUUAUCUCACCCUUUCUGCCUGUACCCAGCAGUCACUCUUACUCCAGUAGUGUCAAGGUGCGGUCAUACCUUCAAUACAUGAAACACAAGAUCAAACCCCCUCCAAGUCCUCCUUAUGGACAUGUGUGUCAGGUAGGGGACCCAGUGCUGCGUGCUCAUGCCGCUGCUGUUGAUCCAGCAGCCAUUACAGGCCCUGAGGUCCAGAAGGUCAUCAAGACUUUGGUGAAAGUGAUGCGGAAAAUGGAGUGCGUGGGACUAAGCGCGCCUCAGGUUGGGGUGCCGCUCCGCAUCCUGGCUCUGGAAUAUCCCGAGAAAAUGUUGGAAGAGAGUUCGUCUGCAUCGAGGGAGGUCCGUGGUCUUUCUGCGCAGCCAUUGAGGAUCUUUGUCAACCCCCAGCUGAGAGUCUUGGAUGGACAGACUGUGCUUUUUCAGGAGGCCUGCGAGAGCAUCUCAGGCUUCUCUGCCACGGUUCCACGAUACUUGUCCGUGGAAGUGUCUGGUCUGAAUGAGAAGGGUGAGGCUGUGACGUGGCAGGAAGGCUGGUCAGCUCGUAUCCUCCAGCAUGAGAUGGACCACCUGGAUGGAGUCCUGUACAUCGACCGCAUGGACAGCAAGACCUUCGUCAACAUCAACUGGCAGUCAUACAAUGAAUAGAAGGACAGAUCCCAAACAGUUACAUAGAUAUCUAAACAGUAAUAUAUUAACUGUAUAUAUUAAUUUUCCACCUUUUUCUGCUUACAUCCACUUCAUUUCUGAUCAACCUACACUGUGUUUAUAAAAGCCACUUUGGACUGGACAGUGGAGCUGGAGUUGAUUAAAAACAACACCUCAGACAGAUUUUUAAAAUUCUCUCAAAAGCUGGAAUCUGUUUAGAGGAAUUCAUUAAAUUUAAAUUCUUGCAGACAAUCACUGAGGUGUUCCUGGGAUAUAUUGGUGGCAUUGGUUCGACCUCUUUUGGUCUCUGCAUGGACUGUUGUCUUGCAUACAACCAAAGCCAGCUCAGAUUUGAUUAUCAAUACCACUGACCGUAAACUAAGACAUUAGCUACAGAAACUGAAAAUCUUUCACCUUCAGAUUCUGCAUUCAUUUGCAGAUAUCUGUUAACCUACAUUAUGCAGGAAGUGAUAUAUUUCAUUUAAACAGACAGCCCGUAUCAAGAUGAGUUUAAACUGAAAAUCCAUUACUGCAGUGAUCGAGUGUUUCUUCAAUGGGGGAUGCAAGGUGGAUUGUGUUUUUUCAAAUCAACUAAAAAUGGCCUGACAUUAAGAAAGUUGUCAAAUAUUGUAUCUUAAAGAUACUGUGUGCUCUGGGUAUUGGGCCUAAAUUCAAUAUAUAAACAAGCUUUAUGUUGGACCCUCAUCUGGAACUAAUGUUGUGAAUGAAUCAAAUUGUUUUACUAGUUAAAAGAUUUUGGAAAGCUUUUGGAGCUCUGUAAAUUCCUUGAUUUCCGACUCAGGGAGAGACAUUAAAAUGAAAAACAUCUGUCAAAAUGUUUCCACCAUCGAUACUAUUAACAUUAAGGUGGCAGUUCCCUUUUUACAUGAGAAUGGAACAAUGAGUGAAUCCACCCAGCCUAAAAAAAAGUUUGAACAGGGACUCAGGACAUGUCUUGGACAUGAGCAGGCAAGACGAGGAAACAGAAAUGGCUAUAACAGGUUUAAGAUGUUGUAGUGGCAUUGUAACGAGCAAAGAAAGGCCACUGGAGGGAAUCUGAAGUCUUUCCAACUCAUGGUGGGUAAAAAAACAAUGUCUGUCAUGGAAUUUGUUUAAUUUAUUUUAUUUUACCUUUAUUUUACCAGGCAGAAUUGCUUGAGAUCAAAUGACCUCUUUUUCGAGCAAGGCCUGGCUUGUGUAUGAAAAAUAUGACAAACACGACAGGAUCCAAAAACACAUCACACACACACAUGGUUAAAAAAAAAAAAAAAAAAAACUGGCUUCCUGAUUCCUGUCCCCUUUCACCUGUGACUCCUUUCUCUCACUGCCUAUGCUCAGGUGUGCAGGUGACUUAGCAGCGGAAGAAAUGUUUAUGUGCAGUGUCUACCUGACUUACCGCACACAACAUACGUCAAAUUGGCAUCAACAGAUGUGUUAUUCAAUAUUGGAGAUUCUUCUUUGGGCAAUUCAGCCGUGUCCCUGACGGAAGAGAAAAAAAACAAGUGUUUGCAAAAUCUAUUCAUUUAGAUUGCAAGUGUGUGGACAGAUGAUGUCAUGUUCUGAGUAGGAUCACACUCAGGUCACUAUCAAAACUUCAUUUAAUAAGAUCCACUUCUGAAGGUCACAUGUCCAUGACUUGUUUUGUUCAUGUAAUUGAAAAAAACAAAACAAUGUGUCUUUCCAGUUGUGUCUGCACAGUAAUAAACUCUUAAGUGGACUGGUGAUUAUAACAAG